ACUACAAAUCCCACAAUGCAUCAUUGCAUUCGCGACGUUUAAAACAUGGCGGCUUACUGUCCAGCUAUGGUGUCUUUAUUUACGUUUCGUUUAUUUUCCUUUUUAAGGCAGUCACGGGAAGAAGGAGCUUGUGUUCGAAGCCAAUUCGAGUAAAAAAAUCGAUUAAAAUAUUAGCCACUGUUUCGGUUUUACGACGCUGUUUUUCCAGUAGUUGUAACACCGACUGUCAGAUUUCUUUUGUCGCUCGGCGUUCAUUCAGCUCAGCGGUUGACUGGCCUUAUCGAGCGGAGACACAACUCAAACACGGUCAUGGUCGCAAUGUUCAGCCCCGUGAACUCCUCUUACCUCAGAGUCAGUCCAGCCGCUGUUGACCGAGAACUCGAGAAACGAAACUGAAGAAACUCCACUCACUCAGCAUGUUUGGAAACCUUUUUGAAGAAGAGGAGAGCGAAGGCUUCUCUUUAGCCUCCCCCAAGGAACGAGCUGCCAAAGGGACGGAUGAGCCUCCUCCACCCCGAGGAAGGAGUCAUUUGUGCGGCAUUAAGAACCAGGGAGGGACGUGCUACCUGAACUCUCUGCUCCAGACUCUGCUGUUCACCCCUGAGUUCAGAGAGGAGCUGUUCCGUUUGGGACCACAAGAGUUGGGGUGUCUUGAGGACAAAGACAAACCAGAGGCUAAAGUCAGAGUGAUCCCACUGCAGCUCCAGAGGCUGUUCACCCGUCUGCUGCUGGUGGAUCAGCAGUGCGCCUCCACCACUGACCUCACUGACAGCUUUGGCUGGAACAGCAGCCAGGGGACGAAUCAGCAGGAUGUUCAGGAGCUUAACCGGAUCCUGUUCAGUGCCUUGGAGCACUCUCUUGUGGGCACCAGUGGCAGUACAUUUAUCCACCGCCUCUAUCACGGCACCAUCGUCAACAGCAUCGUCUGUAAGGAGUGUGGGAACAUCAGCCAGAGACAGGAGGACUUCCUGGACCUGACGGUGUGUGUGUGCGGUGUAUCUAGUCUGGAGGAGGCUUUAUGGAACAUGUUUGUGGAGGAAGAGAUGUUUGAGGGCACUAAUCUUUAUUGCUGUGCUCGGUGUGACAGACUGGUCACUGCUGCUAAGUCCGCCAAGUUGAAGAAGCUUCCUCCUUUCAUGACGAUGUCCCUGCUGAGAUUCAGCUUUGACUUUUCUAAACUUGAGCGAUACAAGGAGACGGGACGCUACAGCUUCCCGCUCACCAUCAACCUGAGACCCUUCUGUGAACAGACUGAUGGAGAUGACACGGAUUUCACCUAUGAUCUGUUCUCUGUGAUCAUCCACAAAGGAGGCUGCUACGGUGGCCACUACCACGUGUACAUUAAGGAUAUUGAUGAACUCGGCCGAUGGGAGCCACCUGAUGAGGACUGCAAACCCAAAACUCAGAUUAAAAUCAAGGAGGUCAAGGAAGUGUGUGAACCAAAACUGCAGGAAGAUGACCCCCUUUCUGUCCUCACCACAAUCAUUUCCCAGGAGUCACCAAAGAGUGUUCUGAUUGAUCAGCUGGGUCAGAAACUCAUGGAUAAGAUCGGCUCAUCCUGGAGCAAGAAGUUCAGGAGACAGUAUGGUCCCAUCGGAAAGUUUCUGCAGUCUCACAGUGAUGUUUUCAUGCUCGUGUCUAAUGGUACUCGAGUAGCGCUGAAGGCUAACCCUCCGAGUCCAGCGACCGAGUGCCCCGCUCCAGCAGAUAAAGCCACAGAGCCGACAGCUGCUGGCUCAGCAACCUCCGAUCGAGAGCAGGAAAUCAAACCAGAGGGUAGCCACUGGUUUGACCUCAACGACUCCACUGUGACUUCCAUCAGGGAGUCGGACAUUGAGAAGCAGUUCCAGGGCAAAGAGAGUGCCUACAUGCUGUUCUACAGAAAAACACAGCUGUUCAGACCGAGCAAAGCUCUGAACAAUCCCCUGUAUAAAGUCCCCUCUCAGCUCAUCCAGAUGGCUCAGGAUGAGAACAUCCAACUUCAGCAGAAGCGUGAGCAGUUUGAAGCCAGUAACAACACUGUGGAGCUGCAGCUGCACCUGGCACCCUUCUAUAGGCUGGAUAAUGGAGCCCUGCAGCCCAUCAGCACAGAACCAAGUGGGAUCACCGCCCUGAGCUUCGACCGGAGGAAGACCGUGGGGGAUUUACGCCUCACUAUUUAUCAGAUGCAGGAACUCUGGGAAGGAGACAUGGCUCUGACCGUGGCAAAGAGUCUUCCUGCAGGUUUACACCUCUACAACACUCUAACAGCUGAUGACGUGUCCUUGUACAGUGUAGGAAUCCACACAAACUCUGACCUGUUUGUGUGGAACGGUAGAGAGGUUUGUGGUGCGACGGUCCAGACGGGAGCCGAGUGGGAACCGGUCUUGCUGACUGUCGUCCGACCCUUUCUGGGUGAAGACUUUGAGCAAGAAGCUCAAAACGGAAUCGAAUGUAAACAAAGCGAGUGUGAGAACGGCGGGCCGGGACUCAAAAGGGAAGCAAGAGGGUUUGCAGGUGGUGCAACUCUUGUGGAGGUGAGGGAGGCACUCGGGGAGCCCAAGGAGAGUCUGCUGUGUCAGCGGCAGAGAGGAGGAAAGGGAGGUGAGCAGGGGGCCGGAGAGGGAGGGGGCGCGAGCGGAUGGAGAGUAUUCCCACCAGAUGAUAUGCAUCGGACUCUGAAAGAUCUGUCGCUGAAAGAUGGAGACGCGCUGUUGGUGCUGGAGCCGGAGUCGUUGGACAGCAGCGUGUUCACCCGAAAUGGGGACGUUGUCACCGUGACCACACCGUCUGACUGCCGCUGGCUCCUGGUGGAGUUUCAACCACAAUUAAAAGGAGGUGAGGAGGAAAAGAAGAGAGUCAAGGUUCCAGCCACAGGAAAUAUGCUGCUGUGUGAAGUGAAACGGAGAGCCGUGGAGGAGCUGCAGCUGCAGGAGCAGCCUCCAGGUGCGCCGUACUGUCUGAGGCAGGUGGACUGCACAGGGAAACUCCUUCCUCCAGUGUGUGAGGAGCUGAGCGUUCGGGACGCGGGAGUGCGACUCAUGACCACACUGACUCUCUGUCCGGGAAAAAGCCCCAAGGAGUCACAGCUGUUCUUGCUCUACACCGUGGGUUCUGCGUCCUCUGCUGGCAUGGAGAUGGAUAUCAUUGUGGAGAAGACCUGCACUGUCAAAGAAUGUCUUAAAGCGAUGCUGGACGCUGUUGGGCUUGAUGGUACUUGUUGGCACUUGAGGAGGCUAGAUUGGUGUGAGGAGGUUGGAGAACCACUCAUGGAUGAGGAUGCUCCUCUGUCAGCUCUGAAGAUCGCCAGCGGAGAGACGCUGGUCGUCACUGAGGGACUUCUGCCUCCGAAGGGAUUUCUUAAAAUAUCUAUUCGGUUGUUUGUGGAUCUGAGAAGUUUGGGGUCAGAUUCUAAUCACACGGAUGACACGGCUGCUGAAGAGCAAAUGAACAAAGGGGCGACGGCUCGGUCGCCUGGAACCACGACGGAGCUGAGAAGUGUGGGACAGGUGGAGAUAUCGGACGAAGCUACGCUGGAGGAGCUCAAAACUCAGGUCUUGACGCUGCCGAUGCUUCAGGGUGUGUGCGUGCCGACCCUGGCGUUCCUUCGUGUUUGGCAGAUGGAUGGAUGGAAGCUGGCUCGUAUUCUUAGAGGACAACAAGUCACACUCAGGAAGCUGAAGGUGACGAGUGGUGCUGACCUUUGUGUGCAGCAGCUCCUGAAAGAAGAGGACAUUGGGCCUAAGCAGGUGCUGCUGAACGUUCGGAUGGCCGUUCCAGGGGAGAGGCGCUACUACCCUGCAGAGGAGCUGGUUUGGGAUGCAUCCCAUGAUUCUUCUCCUCGCUCUCUACGCUCUUGUGUGGCUGCACGCUACGGCCUCUCUUCUGAUUCUCUGCUGUUGGCCAAACACCAGCCGGAAAAACACACUUGGGAAGAAAUCUCCAACUGGACCCAGCAAGUGUCCAAGAAGAAGAGGAAGAAAAAGGCAGAAUCGCUCCUCGGACCUCCGUUCCACCUCAAAGACGGCGACGUACUUGGCGUUAAGAAUCUAUUGAUCGACAACAACAGAGACUUUUUAACGGCGGAGGACGAGCAGGGCCAGCAGCGGCUCAUGGAGCAGGCAGAGCAACGCAGGAAAGGAGAAAAUUCUGCCACGUCGAAUAGUUCUGGGAAAACUAGGCCGAGGAAGCCAGAGGUGCCGUUGUCAAUCAGCGUUGGAGUUUUUAGAUAGCUUCCUCCUUCUGCGGGUUAAUAGAUCAUCAGGAUCUGAGGACACAGUGAGACGCCGUGUUGCUUUGGGAGCAAUCCAGCUCAGUCAGUCAUGUGCCACUUAAAAAAAAAAAAAAAGAACUUUUAAUCUUUAAGUCUGAUUUUGGAGAUGGAUGAGAGACGUAAAGUGACUUUCUGACACUUUUUUUUUUAAUGGUUUAAGAUGAUUUUGAGUUAAACAGAUCAGUAGCGAACUUAAAUCUUUAUACUGUAUGCUGCCCAGACUUUACUUUCCUUUCAUAAACAGUUAUCUACUGUGUUAACCUGAUUUUCUAUCGACCGAACGGUUAAAAACAUUUUCUUGUGGCUUUUAAAAGAUUGUUUUUUUUCAUUGUCUCAACAAACUGACACUUAGUGAAGAACUGCCUUCAGAUAAACCACAAACCUCUAUAAGAUGCAGCCGUAGCGCUAGUCCUCCCAUGAACUCAUCAGUGUGUGUUGGGAACAAAGCGUUUCUCUGGAUCAGUAACGUGUUUCCAGGGGGGUGAGAGAUCUGCCUUAAUGUGGAGAAGCAUCGUCGCUGCUCUGUCCUCCCUACCUCACUCAAACUGUCCCGCUCCUCUUCUACCUCUUUUAUUCUUCAUCCUUUACUCUAACGCUGAACUGUUGCCCAGCUUGGAUGAAGCAAAUCACUGCUAUAGUGUUGACAGACUAACAGUGAGCGUGCCAUGCUGCACCUCUUUAAUGGGACUGGGAACUGAGAGGUGGGUGCACGGCUGUCUUUAGCUCACCCCUGUUUGACUUGAUCGUCUGUAAGUGAAGAGCCCGAGGGUUUCUUUUGAAGAAUAUUUAAUGUUUUAGUUGCAUGUAUUAGAUCUGAAGUUCAGGGAAGUAAAACAAUAAAUGGAUUAUUUAGUAAAAAGUGACAAAAGUUACUUUAUUCUUUGAAUUGUUAUUUUUAUUUUAUGAUGCUGCUUCUCAUCGUUUUGGCCUUUAUCUGUGGCCAAACAAAUGUGCAAAAUUAGUUUUACUGGUUGAAAAAUCAGCGGCCUACUCAGUGGACUUAUUGCUGAUGUUACUGGUGACACAUUUGUUAUAUUGAAAAGGAAGUGAUGUAGUGGUGCAGUGGACAUCUGUACUCUCAAACUACUUUUGCAUAAAGUCAUAUGAGCAAUAAAGAUAAACGUUGGGA